UAAAAGAAUCAUAUUGACUGAGUCAUGCAUAAUUUAAAGGUCAUGUUAUGAUCUAGCUUGUGGUUUAUUUGCGGCAGGAUGCAAAUGCGUAUAUAAAUAAGACUGAACAUUUCGUUGUCAUUAUAACUUGGAAUUUUCUUACUGAUACAUCUGAAAGACUAACUAUGUCGGUGGAGGCGUACCUGCCUUCCUCUCCUAUCACGACGGGCCUGGUUGCCCUGGUAGCGGGCCUCUUCUCCUUCUGGCUGCUCAGGCGCAUGCGCUAUAACUACCCGCCCCGCCCAGGCAUCGAGCUCCCCCUGCUGGGACAUGCUUACAAAUUAACGUUAAAUGACCUUCCACAGCAAGCGUUUGAAUGGUCGAAGGUAUACGGACCAGUUCUGACCAUCCAUCUAGGUCCAAUGAAGACAGUUGUGGUAAACAAGAUAGACGAGGCGCUAGAGGUUCUCGUGAAAAAGUCCACAGACUUUGCCAACAGGCUUAUCACACCCUCAGUCGAGAUGUUUACGGACGGGUGUCGGGACAUCGCGUUCAGUAACUACUCGCCCACAUGGAAACUACACCGUAAACUCUCCUCAAAGGCCCUCAGAUACUACAUGCAGGGACCGGCCCUAGAACACCGUGUGCAUGCGGCCUUGGAGACGGCACUGGCGGAGAUGGACGGGCACGCGGACUCGCCCUUUGACCCUGUCGAACACAUCAACUUUAUAGUGGGCAAUAUCCUUACCGGCUUAUGCUUCGGAGGAUCAUACGGUUUCGAAGACAAAGAAGUAAACUUCAUCAUAGAAUACGGGGACCAGCUGACCAAGGAUGGGCUGGAAUCAGGGACUCUGGAGGACAUCAUUCCUCCCAUCAGGCACGUGUACAAGUCACCGGGAUUUCGAAAACUGGAGAAAUUCUACAAAAAAGUGAUAGUGGACUUCAUUGGAAAGAAAUACCAUGAUGAAAAAAAGACAUUUAAACGAGACGAGUUGCGUCACCUCGUGGACCACCUUAUUCUUGCUCGUACGGAGGCUGAGGAAUCGGAAGGAGAUGCCCUUGUCGCCCUGACAGAUGCACACAUCAUACAGACCAUUGCGGACAUAUUCUUUGCGGGUGUGGACACGUCCCGAAUGACAUUGCGGUUUGCGCUGCUACACAUGGCCGCCUACCCCGACAUACAAGCGAUAGCCCAGGAGGAAAUUGACCGCGUCGUAGGCCGUGACCGUCUCCCAGGAUUGAGCGACCGACCGGAUCUAGCGUACACGGAGGCCGUGCUACAUGAGAGUAUGCGCAUCGCCACCGUGGCCCCCACCGGCGUCUGGCACGAAACGCUUUGUGACACAUCCAUAGGAAGUUACAAAAUCCCUAAAGGCACGCCGGUGAUGAUCAACCACUGGGCCUUGCACCACGACCCGGAUGCCUGGGACGAGGUUGAGAAGUUUAAACCCGAGCGCUACCUCGACGAGCACGGGAAGCUCGGACCAAAACCCAAGAGCUGGCUCCCCUUUGGAGCAGGCAAACGAGUGUGCCUGGGUGAGUUCGUUGCAAAACCAGAGUUGCACCUGAUCUUCGCGAGCUUAUUACAGCGUUAUCGGUGGUCGCCAGAGGCAGGACGCAUUGUGGACAUUUCGCCCGAGAAAAGCCCGCUGUCAAACACUCCAAAGGCGCAGAAACUCCGCAUGGAAAGGCGGAUAUAAAUCUUUAUUUAUAGGGGGG